GAUACUGUUCACUCUUCGGUAUGCCGUUUGCGAGUGCGGACGUCCGCUAGCAAAGACUAGCAAACAGUGAUCACAGCAGCAGGACUGCAGAAUUUAUAUAAAUAUCAAAUUAGUGACUUAUUCUGAACAACGUAAUUCCCGUGUAUUAAUUAAUUAAUUAAAUAAAACGUGCUAAUUAUCCAAGAAAAUUAAACUAAAAAUUGUGUAAAGAUUAAUUGUUGUUGAAAUAUUGAAUGAUGGAAGAAACAGUAGCACUGAUAAAAUCAUGUAUAAUCUCGAAAAAAGGCGGUGUAUCAAUCGAGGAUCUAAAUGAUGAGUUUCAAAAUCUCGUUGGAGAACCUAUCCCAUAUCGUAGAUUGGGAUUCUCGAAUCUUCGCGCACUUUUGCGAACUAUAAAUGGUUUGGAGACAACUUGGAACAAAUUUGGCGAACAGACAUUAACGAUAAAGGACUCGAAAAUUUCCCAUCUUAACAAACUCAUAUGCAAGCAAAGAGUCGAUUAUUCACAAACAAGAGAUAAAUAUUAUAAACAAUUUAUGCGCCGUAGAAACAGUUUCGAAUACAGGGAUGAACGUAGGCAAAACAACAGGACACUAUAUAAUUACAAUCGUGCCAAUAAACGAACUCAAAAUCUUAAUCAACGUCGUAAACAAAACUUUAACAAUGAGAAUGUUUGGUGGAAUAACAAUUCGUUUGACAAAGAUGAAGAAAAUCAUCAUCCAAUAGUUAUAGAAACGAAUGAUGUAAAAAGAGAGAAUAAUAUAUAUGAACCUAUCGCAAAUGGUCAACAAUUAAUUGGUGAUGACUUUUUCUUGCAACUUGCGAUACGAAAUCUUUAUCUUCCCAUUUGGAGGUACAGAGAUAGUUUAGCACUGCAUUGUGGCUUAUGUGUUUCCGGGCAGACUAUAAGCGAUUGUACUCGCGCUUUGAGGAAAAUUAGUACCAUUUCCAAUCGUGUUAUGAUUUUGCUUGGUUCAGCUGAUAUUUACAACAAUGCCACAUGCGACGAGAUGAUAAACGAUAUGACGGAACUCUUGCAAGUCCUUCGGUCCAAAUUUCAUCUCUCAAACUCAGCCAUCACUAUCUGCACGAUCCCGCCCUUGGCUAAUGUGGCCAUUUGUGCCCAUAAAAGUCAAAGUCUAGCCCUAUUCAGUUUCAACAAUUGGAUCAGAUCUCUAGCCGACGAUGCAUCUAGGAGGGAUCCAUCUUUCGAGAGCUAUCCAGUAGUAGAUUUGUUCGAAAGCUUUUGCAAUGAAACAUACACCACAGAAUACGAUUGGUUCCAAACUCAAGCACGUAGAGUAUCUGGUACCAGACAUUCUUAUGUGUUGUGGAAUAACAAAGGACGGAAACGAGCUAUGAAUCUCAUCUGCGAGGAAGAAGACGUGGAGCGCUGCAGAAGUCCCAACUCAUCGUCGAUGCAAUGAGCUAAUAGGGAUCUUCUGUUAUAGAAUAUAGAGCGCAAAUAGAGAAAGGAGCUGGAUGGUAUACCACAAAGUGGCUUAUUCGUCAUUUGUGACGGAGAACGCUUUUUCGAGGCACUUUCGUGGUGUGCCGUCCUGUUUCUUCCGCGACUAGGUAUGCGAUACGGUAACCAAUUUUAAUCUAUGCUUUCAUGUUCAUAUGUACCAUACUUGAUUUCAUUAUUUAUUAUUUAUAUCUCGAAAUAAUUUGCGAGGCCACUAGAAAAUCAUCUAUUCGCGUAUCACGAAUACAAAUGGAUGUAAGCUUCAAAUCUGUCGAAAAAGAAACUAAAAAAGAACUGUUUUUUAUUUGCGAUUUAUUAAGCUCAGAUUAUAAAUAUAUACUUGCUCAGUUUGAAAUUACAGUAAUUACAGUUUGUGAUUUAUUAAAAUAGCUCAGAUUAUAAAUAUAUACUUGCUCAGUUUGAAAUUACAGUAAUUACAGUUUGUGAUUUAUUAAAAUAGCUCAGAUUAUAAAUAUAUACUUGCUCAGUUUGAAAUUACAGUAAUUACAGUUUGUGAUUACAGUUUGUUAGACAAUAUUGGAGAGGAUUAAUGGACAAUGAAACGUUCGUGCUUAAUCGAAAAAGUAUUGUGCAUUCUUAUAAUUAAUUGCGGGUAAUUUAAAAAUGACACUGAUACCUUUUCGAGUACUUCGAUCUUUUUCAGUAAACGAGCAAAUCCUAAUCGCUUUUCUGCUAUUGUUUAAAAAGCUGCUUUUGUAUAAUAUAAUCUUUGUCAGUUAUAAUCGAUUACUUAAUACUUCAUAAUAGUCUCAAACGUUUCACUAACAUAAUUUAAAAGUUUUAAUUAAUUUUAAAAGUCAACAAGUAUACGAAGGAUUAAAAGCUACCAUAAUGGUUCUUAAAUAGUUUCCAUCGACAUUAGUUUAACAAAAAUUCAAUUUUUAAUCUACAUUAAGAGAGAACAAUUGUAUUCUGUGAGAUGCGAUUAGACGAAAUUUAAUGGUUACACUUUUAUAAUAAAUAGUACACAUGAGUAUAUAAAAUUUAAUAGGUGUUUGUAGGAAGAUUAGGCAACGUAUCUCUGCGUAUAUGUGUAGAAAUUAUUUAUUUAUUACAGUAUGUUUUAAGUAAUAUAGUUAUAUUUCAAACGAUUAAAUGAUAGUCAUUUAACUUUUGAUUUAAUUAAAUUUAAUUUAAUUAAAUUGUUUAAACAUAGUUAUAUUAAAUUAAUGCCAAGUAUUAAUUAUAAAAAAUGUAUAAAGUAAGAUUGAUUUUUUAAAUCAAUUGUUUGAUUAAGAUUUAAGGGCGAGAGAGAGAGAGAGAGAUAAAGAGAGAGGAAUAUUCAAGAGCCCCUAUAAUUUAGAAAACGAAAUGUCUAAUUUAUAUUCUCUAAGAAAACGAAAAUAUUGCAUUUUUAGUUCACACUGAAAUAGUUUAGGAAUGAAUGCGCGAGGUUUAGCUUCUCUUUUCAAGAAAAAGUAUUUAUACAUUAUUAUUAUAUUAAUAAAUUUAUCUAGACGUGCAAUUUAAUACAUUGCGAUCGCAAUUAUAGAAAAUGUUCCAAAGUAUUAUAACAGAAGUAAUUUUGAAAGUGCGUAUAAUUCAUAAAAUACGUAUAUAUGGUUAUGCUUUUUGUAAAUGACAAUAAUGUAUUUAUUCAAAUAUAUAUCUAAUAAAUCAAUAGAUGAGCGUCGAAAUUAAAACUUAUUAAUCGGUAGAAUAUAAUUAUACUAAUGUGUAUUAAUGAGAAUGUCUGUAUUGUGACUAAUAAAUCAACAAUACAUAUAA